CACCAGAUUACAGUCAGAAACCCGCCAUUUUUACUCAAACACGGAGAAGACUAUUUAUGCCGGAAGAGUUAAACUUUCUCUUUUUACAUCCUUCAUUUCAAGGUGUGAACAGGUGACAUCAAUGCCGAAAUGUUUGGUGGUCCUUCUAAAACAGAUUUGGGCUUUGAGUAAUGUUCUGAACUGACUGGUUCAAAUUGGAGACGGGAACGACCGAGAAACUGUUGGGUUUUUAACGGAAUUUGGUGUGUUGCGAUGGAGGUGGACAUCCUGGAGUUCAAGGUUCCGGUGGACAACAACAAGACUGUGUUCGUUUGGGAUAUCCCUCCGGUUCUGACCCAGGAUAAGGUUAAUGAGCAGCUGUUUCACAUCUUCUCCUCCUUUGGACCGCUCUACCUGUUGAAGGUGUGUCCUAACGCUCCGCUCCACCCACCUGGUUUCUACGGCAUCAUCAAGUUCUACUCUGCUGCUCACGCCGCCAACGCCCAGAAACGCACAGACGGAUGCUCUCUGCUCCACACCGCCGCUCUCAAGGUGAAGCUGUGUUCCAAACAGACUCCUCACUUCCUGUCUGGCAGAAACACACCUCUGAGCCACGCCCGCUGCCUGGAACUGGCCAAUCACUGUCUGGGCUUCAACGGCUGGACCUCUGACAUCAUCACACUGAAGGAACUCACCAAUGAGGAAGAAGGUGAGGAUGAAGAGGAUGGGGGCGGAGUCAGACGGAGGAUGCGGUUUGGCUGCCUGAUGAAGCUGAGCUUCCCUCAGCAUGGAGUGACGACCAAAGGAGCCGCAGUGGUGGAAGAGACCUUCACCUGUACAGGUCCAGAAGUCCUCCUGCAGAGACGCUGUAAGCUGCAGAGGUCCGUCCGAGAGAAGGCCCUGGCCCAGGCCUUCUCCUCGGUGCUGCUCAUCCUUCUAGGUGACGGUAAAGUGAUGGUGGAGCUGAAACGGCCCUCAGAUCGGUUUGAAGCUGAUGAGACUGAAGACGUCCUGCAGGUGUGUGUUUCAGGUGAACGAGUUUUCCCUGUCAGACUCUCCGGCAGAUGAAGAGGAGGCUGAGGAUGAAGACUGGGAUCUGACCGUGUCGUAAGCGCUCUAAGGAUUGUGGUUUGGACCGGGCUCGUUACCAGAACUGAUCAGUUUGAGCUGUGCUCCGAUCAGGGGCAUCCAGCCGGGAGGGGCGUUUACCCAGGAUGCACUGCAGGGAGGGACCCUCAAACCAGGAUUGAUAUUAUUUAUGUUUCUACUUGAUUUAUUUUGUCAUAAUAAAAUCCUACU